CGCCGAAAAGUUCGUAGUCCAUAACAGGAGCUUCCGGAAAGAAAGUGAAAAAAAAAAUAAUAAAAGAAAAUAAAAGGGGGUAAAAAAAAAGAGACGAAAUCAUUCUCUCCAUUUAUCUCUCUCCUAGGGUUUCCAAAUCAAUGGAAGAGCAGUCCAACAGAGACCUCGACCGAGACACCGCCAUGGCCGACGACGAUCAAUCAGGCCGCUGCCUCGAUCUCACCAGCUUCCAGCUCCACGAUCUCGGCGACAUCGAGCUCCCCGAGAGCCUCAUCGAAUUGGAUCUGACGGCUAAUAGGCUCUCGAAGCUUGAUCCAAGGAUCGGCCUCCUCUCGCACCUCAAGAAGCUCUCUCUGCGUCAGAAUCUCUUUGAUGAUCAGGGGGUUGAGGCGAUCUCCAACUGGAAUGAGAUUUCAGGAUUGCAAGAGCUAGUACUCAGGGACAACAAGCUGACUAAAAUUCCUGAUGUUAGCAUUUUCAAGAGCCUUUUGGUGUUUGAUGUGUCUUUCAACGAGAUACCUUCAUUGAGUGGUUUGUCCAAGGUUUCAACCACGCUCAAGGAGCUUUAUGUUUCAAAAAACGAAGUGACAAAGAUAGAAGAACUUGAACACUUGCAAUCAUUGCAGAUACUUGAACUUGGUUCCAAUAGACUACGGGUGAUGGAGAACUUGCAGACCUUUACAAAUUUACAAGAGCUGUGGUUAGGAAGAAACCGCAUCAAGGCUGUGAACUUGUGUGGUCUAACAUGUAUCAGAAAAUUAAGCUUGCAGAGCAAUCGGCUAACUUCCAUGGCAGGAUUACAAGACUGUGUUGCACUCGAAGAGCUGUAUCUUAGCCAUAAUGGUAUUGCUAAGAUGGAAGGCUUAUCCAAGUUAGCAAAUCUUCGCGUCCUGGAUGUUUCUUCUAAUAAACUUACUUCUAUUGAUGAUAUUGAAAAUUUGACAAGGUUGGAAGACUUGUGGCUAAAUGACAACCAAAUAGCGUCUUUGGAAGGGAUUGAUCUAGCUUUGUCGGGUUCGAGGGAGAAGCUUACAACCAUAUAUCUUGAGCGAAACCCAUGUGCAACCUCCCCGAGCUAUUCAGUUAUCUUGAAGGAGAUAUUUCCAAAUCUUGAACAAAUUGAUUCGGACAUACUUAUGUGAAGUAUCAAAUAUCGAUUUUGAUCCCUUAGAAGUAUGACAGUGAUUGAGAGAUGCCUUAAGAAGCAUAUUUUCUUGUACAAGGCAUUUAAAGUUGACCCUGCAGAAUAACAUUGCAGAUAAAGUACAGGUUCCUCUUGAUGCUUCAACAAGCUUCUAUUUUACUUUUAUUUACAUAUAUAUGUAGUAGCGUCAACAUAUAUAGAGAAUUUUCGGUCGAAAGAUUCACUGAAGUUUCUGAACAUUGCAGUCCUGUAACAGUUAGUUUGCUUUUCUAGUUCUUAUUUAUGUAUGAAUAAUUUUGACCUCUUCAAUUUUCUCUGAGUAAGAGAGGUUUAUA